AUGUGGCGGCGUACUUUUGCAGCACUUAACCUUGGACCUCUCCCGCUUUCUGUUUUCUUGAGACAAAACAGCGGUAGUGAGGCGGAUUCCCAGUGCAUUCAAAAGGCGUCAAAAUAUGAUCUAUCGCAUGUCGAGAGCAUCGUUCUGAAGAGCAAUUCAUCCUCUAUUCAUGAGAACCUAACUUUGGAAGAGGCCCUCAUGCGAGGCGUGAGGCUUCCCAAGGGUAGGAACCUUCUGCUCAUAUACCGUAACAGCCCGUGUGUUGUGGUAGGGCGCAAUCAGAACAUUUACUCGGAGCUGUCUGUUCGAAGAGCUCACAGAGAACGGGUUGCAAUAGCACGUCGGUCCUCGGGUGGAGGCACUGUUUAUCACGAUUAUGGCAAUGUGUGUUUCUCCUUUAUCACCUCGCGCGAUGAGUAUGCACCAGAAAAGACCAUCCAAAUUGUUCGACUGGCGCUUUGCCGCGCGUAUGGCAUAGAUGCUGCACGGCUGACUACCACCAAGCGGUACGAUUUAUUCCUAGACGGUCUCAAAAUUACGGGUUCCGCGAUGCGUGUGCAGCAAAGCAUGGCUCUCCACCACUGCACCCUGCUUGUAAACUCAAACCUGGAGCAAAUAAGCAGCUAUUUGCGCCCAGAAGGGAAGUACAUCAGUUUCAACACCACGUCUGUGCCAUCCGUGAGAUCCCCCGUGACUACCCUUAGCGCACGGGGCAUCGGCGGUGGUGCGCUGGAUGCACCUGAUGGCGUGCAGCUGGUUGAAGACGUUGUCCGUGACUUUUUUCUUAGUUGUGGCCGCGAUAUCAUUUGUCACAAGGUCCCAUGGGAAUUGAGACCACAUACACUUCAGAUGAAGCACCCUCCGUCAGAGAAGGAGCAGUAUGUUGUGAUAGACACAAGGCGCGCCGUGUUGCGGGAUGAGACACUGCUGAACGCACAAGGCUACCGCGCCACGCGCGGGGAAUGUAACUCGUUUUGCUCAGAGUUGGAACGUCUCUCGCGCGCGGAAUGGGUUUUUUCGAUGCCGCCCUUCACUACAGAGGUUGCCAUCACCACGGAGGCGUACCAUCAGGCAAUCAAAGAGGAUUCGUUAUGGAGCUCCAUGGUGUGCUCUAAGCUACGUCUUUCCAACCUGACGGAGCGUGAUUUGCUCGAGGAGCUCUCAGCCAUACUCUUCAAGGAAACCACGAUCGAGUGUGGAUCAUCUGAUGCCGAUGAAAUGUGGUCGCUUGCGAUGCAAACAGUUGUGUCGCAUCGCUUAAUCACAGGCGUGCGCGUGAGGCGUGUUUGUUCAUCUGCAUUACUGGGAGAAGCACAGAGUGCACCAAGCCCUAAGACUGUAUUUUUUGACAUGCCGACAGAGGGGAAUAAAGAACAGGGAAAUGAGGGCCCCUGCGGCGCUGUCGUGAGGCCUAUUCCCUGGCUGGAGUCUUUUCUGCGGACCUUACUCAUGGGGGCGUGUUGCGACAUAAAGUUGGCUGGGUUGGAAGACGGUGGCACGAAAGACUGUGACAUUGAGAUGUUGCUGCAGGGACUUCGCCUGGAGAUGGCAUUGACACCCGACUGGGGCCGAUUGUCGUUUCUUCCGGAGGACCUUGUGGAUAAUGGAUUACUUUUAAUGGUUCGUGGCAUUGUGAAGUGCUGGCGAGAUCAAAAUGUGUUCGACAUAUCUUUCACAUGA